AAUAUUUUUGAUUUGAUACCCUUGAACUCAAUUUUGUCCUCCAGUAGCUAUGGUCAAUUGCAAUUAUAUAUCAGUUAUUCUUGUGUUAGGUCAGGAAAACACUCAAAUAGAUGAAGCCAGCAGCCAUGAAUAACACAAUGAGCCAGCAUGGCCUAUCAUAUUCCCAUCCUGGCUAUGCAUCGCAUCCCAACGCAAGCUAUUGCUACCCUACAGCAUCCACAACUCAGGCCCUUGUCUAUAACCACAGCAAUGCUGGUACUGCUGCUGGCCAACAUGUGAAUGCUGCUAUCCAUGGCUCCACUCACCAGCAUGGCAGUCUUGCAUCCAUCCCAGCUCAUCUGAAAGACCCAAACCUGAACCUUCCCAUCCUGUCUUCAGAUGCUCGACCAGCAGCCAUGUAUCCACAAUCAUCAUUUUACAUUAACCCUUACAUGAACACAAUGACAAUGCCCCUGAGCCUGGGCCAGCAAGCAUCUUUCAUGAGCCACCACUACAUAGCUCCUCCUCCGGGCUUCAAUGUGACCAGCAGCGGUGGUGUCAUGCCUCCCUACUGCCCUGACGUAGCACCGGUGAGCACCUCGGCCGCUGACUCCAGCAGACAUCAGAUAUAUUCAAGCAAUCCAAGUAGUGUGGUGCCUUACAACGCUGCCUUCCCUCCACCUCCUCCCGCUCCAUACCACACUCCUUUUGUGGCAUACAAAUAUCCACAGGAGUAUCCAGGAGUCUGUGCUGACGUUGACGUUGCUCUGUACACUGAGCUGCACGAGACGCACCUCAGUCAUCUCAAUACCGACGACUCGCCUGACAAGCUGCAGCUCCGAAAAACUAUGGAUGAAUUAAUAGAGCGGUUUUUAUCGAUGACACCGCACCGGUUCAAGUUCAGCUUCGCAGGCGUGCGGGAGACGCUCGAGAAGAGCAUCCUUGAGCUGCCUUCCUGUGAUGCCUUCAAAGCGGCCGAGGCUUUUGAGGCUCUCGCGUCCUACGCCACGAACCUCGUGUCGCAGCCAUGGCGGCGCGAGUACAGGGCUAUCAAGGUGUACAGCGGCUACUGGGUGCACCACGUGUCCGAGCACCUGGUGGGGGCAGAAGCCAUCCUGCUGCUGAUGGGGUACCAGCCCUCUAGGAGGAGCCGUGCCGGUAAGACUCAGGACGGCGCCCCCGUCGGCUGCUACGAGCUGCCGGCGUCACCGUCCAUGGUGGAUGGCGACCUGGUCACGCGCCUCGCGCUCGACUGCCACAUCGCCUGCUCAGAGUGUCAGGUGCUGGGGCAGCUGCAUCAACACCUGCCAGGUCUGACGCUGCGUCAGCUGCUACAGUACCGUCAGCAAAACGUGGGCACCUACCAACAGAUGGUGCAAAAGUUGCUGCCGCUGUGUCCGAAAUCUUCUAAUGUCUCAAGCCCUUGGUCCGAUGAAGUGGACACGGCGCCAUCGAAAUCUCCGGUAUUUGGACACACUUCGCCCACCAAGUUGACGUCCCCAACCAAAGCUCCCGCCAAGACGCUAGCUGCCAGCCAGAGUCAGCUGCAGCUGAGCGCUGCUGCACGCAAUGAAGGAAGAACCUUGCCUCUUUCCUCGCUCCCUUCGACCCCAACCUCCUCGAUGGCAACCCUAGACCGGCCGCGGCUUGGAGACAUCACAAACGCUACGAAGACCGAGCACCUGCAGCUCACUAGCCAGCCUCACCACAGCGAGGGAGGCGGGCAGAUGCGGGAGCUUGAUGACCUCUUCGAGAACCUCGGCAUGAAGGAGGCGCGACUGAGCCGCCCUGCCAGACCUGAGCGGCACAGGGAGACGCUGGGGCGGCGACACGACGACAAGCGAGGAGUCAGUAGCGUGGCCAUCGCGAAGCUUAUUGACCACAGCGACCAGAACAACAGACAAGACAACAGACUCGACAACAGACUAGAAAACAGGCACGAUAAUAAGCAUGAAAACAGACAUGAAAGUCGGAGCAGCAGGAAAUCGCACGAAGCUCCCACCAGCAUCCUGCCUAAGGUGCUGCCUCACGCGCGGUCCACGAAGCCCUACACCGCGCGAGGGUCGGGGGGUGUGAUGGCGCCCCUCGACACGGGCGAGGGCUGCUGCCUGCCCGCGUCCAUCCCGCGGGAGGUGUUCCAGGAGAGCACCCUCGACGAGCACGUCAGCAAGGCCUUCUCCCAUGCUCACGACCUCGGCAGGAGUGACGCCAGGGGCACAGCCGGCCCCAAGGUUCCUUCUCUUAACAGUGACUGGGACUUUGUCCUAAAGAACCUGGAGAACCGCGGCUACAGCAAAGACGUCGGCAACCGCGGCGACAUCUUGCAGCGCGAGCUCCGCUCCCCCGAAUCGACGCCCCACCCUGACAACAAAGAGGGCAUGGUGGACCUCAUCCCCAGCACCGUGCAUGCCGUUAACAAGGAUAUGGUGCCUCAAUACGACGUCUCCAACAGCGUCAACGGCGCCCUGAACGUCGACGUCGCUGGUGACGCCUCGCUACGUCUUGGCGAGCGUCGGGCUGGGGCGGGCGCCGGUAGCUGCUCGGCGAGGGACCGCGCCAGUGAGAGGAGCCGGGGUGGUGGAGGCGACUCGAGCAGCGUUACGGACCAGCGCCAGAGUUUGUACGACAACGUUUCCUACGAUGGCUUCCAGACCGCGCGGCAGGACUCCGAUGAAGAGGAAGACGUACGAAAACUUGCUGCCGACCGCCUGCACGAUGCCGGCUACCAUAAAACCCUAUUGCCGGGCGAUAAAUACGCACCCCAAGGGGGCGAUAAAUCUUGUUCCAGGGACGAAUUCUUCUCGAAGCUCGCAAGCCCGCAACCCACAUACGUAGCAGAUAAAUAUUCCGCUCAUGGAGGCGACAAAUAUCCAGGGAAAACAGCGGAUACAUUUAGUCCCGAGGGCUCAAAUCACAGCGAUAAUCAAUCCUCGUCUAACUCUUCGACGGUGCCCAACCGCACCUCUAGCAAGAGCUCCAAGUUCAGUAAGCAGAAAUUUAGUAACUUAGGUGCGGUAUUGACAAGCAAGCUCUCAGGUUCCGACUCAGGCAAGAACAAAUCAAGCGAAGGCAAACCUAAGUCAACCAGCGAGACCGUGGUGCCGUGGUCGUGUGUUGCUUGUACCUUCCAGAACGAGACGAGCAGCAACAUUUGCGAGAUGUGCAGCAAGUCUCGGCCUCACGUCUCGGGUCCCAUCAAGCCUCUCGAGACCGGGGGCCGGGAGUGUCAGCAGUGCACCCUCAUCAACGAGAAGACGGCCAUCAUCUGCUCGGCCUGCAACCUUCCUCUGGAAUCCUGCCCCACCUACAUCUAGAUGACCCUACAUCUGGAUGACCCCUACAUCUAGAUGACCCCUACAUCUGGAUGACUCCUGCCCCACCUACAUCUAGAUGACCCCUACAUUUGGAUGACUCCUGCCCCACCUACAUCUAGAUGACCCCUACAUCUAGCUGACCUCUGCCUCACCUACAUCUAGAUGACUCUUGCCUCACCUACAUCUAGCUGCUCCCUACAUCUAGAUGACUCUUGUCUCACCUACAUCUAGCUGCUCCCUACAUCUAAAUGACUCUUGCCUCACCUACAUCUAGAUGACUCCUGCCUCACCUACAUCUAGCUGCUCCCUACAUCUAGCUGCACCCUACAUCUGGAUGACUCCUCCCCCACCUACACCUAGCUGCACUCUACAUCUAACUGUACCCUACAUCUGGAUGACUCCUUCCACACCUUCAUCUAGACGACCCCUACAUCUAGAUGACUCCUGCGGUCCUGCUUCACCUACGUAGCUCUCAGGGCACUCCACAUGAACCUACACCGCAGUCAUGUUCUUAUUCUCCAGAAAAUCUUGCUCUUGUAUCCACGUGCGCUGCUACUCUUCUCGUUCGUGCUGAAGCAGGGCGGGCUUGUUGCUUCUAGAUUGUGUUCAUGUAACGCAUGUAUCUUAUUAGGGCAAGAUUUUCAUUUAAAGAAAUAAUUAUAACUUACUUAUCAUGCACGGAGUUUUUUUAUUUGCAGCGUGUAGAUAUGUAUAUGUGAUUGCACAUAUAUUUUUUUUCUAUCGAGGAAGAAUUUUCGGUAAAUAAUAAUACACGGCCUUGUGCAAUAAGGUAGCAAGUUUUUUUAUUUUAAUUCUUUCUGUAGAAUGAAGGGAAACGUGCGCCAAUUACAAGUGUAUUUUCACAGCUUAGAAUUGGCGAAUCCAUCACAAAAUAUCAGAGGAAAUGAUGUGUUCUACAAAUGUAACACCCGUAUUUUGUAUUUGUUAUCGUGCAGUCUCGUUGUUUGCCUCAUCUUCAUUUAAACACUAUCUUGUUGCCCGGCUGCUGUCAAUUUCACAUAAAUGCUUUUCAUAUAUUAUGACCUAUCAGGAGACCUAGGAUAUUUCUCACCCCCAACACGAGCUUAGUUCCAUCAUCUAUUUGAGGAUGUUGUUUCAAUCUUUUCUUGUACCGUUUUGUGUCUGCUGAGUGGAGUAAAUUGAUGCUUAGUUGCAUGUUUACUGCGUUGCAUGUACUGGAAUUCUGUAAUUGAAUAUUUUUUUACCUUUCGAGGCAUUGAAUUUUUUGUAUAGUUCUGUUUCAAGACGCACGGCGUGACUCCAGAAAAUUGCUCUUUGCCUCGUGUCCGGCGCUCACCAGUCGAGUGCAGACUAAUGAAUUAAUCUCCAUUAUUACUGCCUCCAUGAUCCAUGGCAUCUGUCUCCAUGAUGAAUUCCCACCAUCACCAUGAUGAAUGCCCACCAUCUCCAUGAUGAAUGCCCACCAUCACCAUGAUGAAUGCCCACCAUCUCCAUGAUGAAUGCCGAUCAUCUCCAUGAUGAAUGUCCACCAUCACCAUGAUGAAUGCCGAUCAUCUUCAUGAUGAAUGCCGAUCAUCUUCAUGAUGAAUGCCCAUCAUCUCCAUGAUGAAUGCCUAUCACUUGUCUUUAAGAUGAACGCUUAUAUUUAUCUCCAUGCGCCCAGCGUUACAGCACCACCGAGCGACCAAAGCCCAAGCCAGGAGCUCAAUGAAAUGUACUUGGCAGAGAAAUUUUUUUGUUUACCGAGUAGAAUUUUUAUCCCAGACGCUCGUUUCUAGCUCGUAUAUUCUGCUAUGAUAUUAUCGAAGGCUGCGUCAUGCUUGCUGCUUUACUAAGGUUUAAUAAAUAACAUCGUAACGGUGUUGGCGUUCCUCUAACUUACCGUAACUUUAAUUUCAACUAACAAGAGCACGCUUUAUUCUAUUAGUUCUUUAGGUCACGAAUAAUGUUCCUUGAAGUAUUUUAUCGGUGCUGCGUGUUUCUGUCGUGACUCUAGAUAGCAUUACACAUUAUUCUCUGCAAUGAAACCAAAGUUUGCUCUAAGAUUCGAGCUGUGAAUAACAUCAGAUUAUUUCAAUCACAAGUUAAAAUUUUAUCACGCAACUAGAGGGCUCAGUUUUUGUAAUGAAAAUAUCUGUAAGUCGAAUUUUAAAAUAUUGUUUUUCUAGAUAGGGACUGAAUCUCAGAGUUGCCAUGGCUCGCGUUUCGCCCUCCUGCCCUUCUAUAACAGCAACUCUAACGGCUAAUAACCUUACUGUUUGUUGUGUUUACGCCGAACUUGCGGUCGCCUACACUUCUGAGCUCUCGCGUUACGCAAUGUUUUAGUUAACAUUGAGAUGAGCAUUAAUGAGAGUUGAGCAUUAAUGAGAGUUCAGCAUUAAUGAGAGUUCAGCAUUAAUUAGACUUGAGCAUUAAUGAGAGUUAAGCAUUAAUGAGAGUUGUUAUGCGAGAACAAAAAUAUUUAUUGUGUUGACACUAAUGGAGUGGUCAUUGGCGACUGGAAAAAUAUGUAUAGUGGCCAGUAGAAAUAUUUUUCAGUCGUGGAUAUGACCGUCGAUUUGAAA